GACGCUGGAUUUCCUGGGCCGAGAAUCUCAGUGAUUAACUUUUCUUUCAAGUUGAUUCAUCUACCUAGAACGGCUUCAUAUAUUGUGUCUCCCAGUCGAAUCGGUUUUGCGCUGAUCACAAUCACGCGUCAUGCCUGUGGUCAAGGGAGGUGUUUGGACAAAUAUUGAGGAUGAAGUGCUUCGUGCGGCGGUCUCCAAAUAUGGCCUCAACCAGUGGGCGCGAGUGUCAUCUCUGCUCGCCAGGAAGACUGCAAAGCAGUGCAAAGCACGUUGGGUAGAGUGGUUGGAUCCUGGCAUUCGCAAGGUGGAAUGGUCAAGGGAGGAAGAUGAAAAGUUGUUGCACCUGGCCAAGUUGAUGCCAACCCAGUGGCGCACUAUCGCGCCUAUUGUGGGACGGACUGCGACACAGUGCCUGGAACGGUAUCAGAAGUUACUUGAUGAGGCGGAAGCCCGUGAAAACGAUGAGCUCGGACUGGGAGGUCCGGGGGGAGAGGCGGCCGCACCGAAGGCAGACAAUGUUAGGAGAUUACGACCUGGAGAACUUGACCCUGACCCUGAAUCGAAACCCGCUCGCCCCGAUACAAUUGACCUAGACGAGGAUGAGAAGGAGAUGCUUAGUGAAGCGCGUGCUCGUCUCGCGAACACCCAGGGAAAGAAGGCUAAGCGCAAGGCCAGAGAACGGCAAUUAGAGGAGUCGCGACGUCUAGCAGUACUUCAGAAACGCCGUGAACUUAAGAAUGCUGGUAUCAAUAUCAAAGUCACGACUCACAAGAAGGGCGAAAUGGACUACAAUGCGGACAUCCCGUUUGAAAAGCCCGCCGCUCCUGGAUUUUAUGACACUACGGAAGAACUGGCAAAAAACGAGAGGCAAAGGGAGAUGUUCGAUCCUCGAAAGCAACAACUCGCCAAUAAACGCAAGGGAGAUCAGGACGAAGAGGCUGAGCGAAAGAAGAGGAAAAAUGACAAAGGCAGUUCUGCCUUUUCUGCCGCCGCCAGAGCGGGUCAAAUGCAGAAGAUCCGUGAAGCAGAGCAAUUAAGUAAAAGGCGGCCUCUCGUUUUGCCAAGCCCUCAGGUUAGUGAGAACGAAAUGGAAGAUAUCAUCAAAAUGGGUAUGGCAGGAGACAAGGCCGGGAAGUCCGUUGGGGAUGAGGAGACUACUCGAGGUUUAAUCGGAAAUUAUACUAGCAUUGUCGGCGCAACACCUAUCAGAACACCACGAGCCCCCCCGGAGGAGGAUCAUAUUUCCAACGAAAUUCGAAACAUCCGAGCGUUGACAGAGACUCAGUCGUCCUUAUUGGGUGAGGAAAACACACCUCUCCAUGAAGGUGUAUCCUCGACUGGAUUCGACGGUAUUGCGCCUCGACGACAGCAGAUUGUGACCCCCAAUCCCAUGGCUACGCCAUUUAGGCAAGCUAAUGGCGUUGGUGCCACACCCAUGCGAGGGGGGAUUGGCCCGGGAGCAACUCCUUUGCGCACCCCUAGAGACCACUUUGCACUCAAUAGGGAAAUGGAAGGCGGGCAACUCGUCAGCAAUACUCCAAGAGACAUUAAACUGCAUGAGAAUUUUAUGCGCCAGCAGAUUCGUAGCAAGUUGUCGUCACUCCCCAAGCCCAAGGAGACUGAAUGGGAACUGGAAGAGCUCCCUUCGGAAACAGCGGAGCCGACUAUAUCAGCGGAGGCCAUGCAAGAGGACUCGGCUGAGCUUGACAGAAGAGAGAAAGAGGCUCGUGAGAAGGCCGCCCAAGCUGAGUUCAAACGCCAGACGCAGGUUUACCAACGGUCUCUUCCCCGGCCAAGUGUUCUCGAUAUUGAUGCUCUGCUGCAACGAGCCUCGCAGGUCACCGACCCGAUCCUCGGUUCCAUUGCCAAAGAGGCAGCGUUGCUCAUUGCCCAUGACGCCCGGAAAUUUCCUGGUCCUGGCGCUAAGAUUGAGGGCAAGGCUCCUAAAUUAGGUCGAUUGAAUGAUGAACUGCUUGCAUCAGCUCGUGCAGCUAUUGCGGCAGAGGUAGCAUCUUCAGAACCACAGAAACGAGAGUGGCAGGAGAGCUUUGAGACCUGCUGGACGUCGACGUAUGCCAAUUCUCUCCCAGGGUUGGCAAACUAUGACGAUGACGAGGAAGACCCGCCUAAACAAGAGCAGCGCAUGAUGUCUAUCUUUGACAAUGUGCAGGCAGCGUUGGUAGCCGCAGCAGAGCGGGGAAAUAAACUAGAAAAGAAGCUAGCACUGCACUAUGGUGGAUACCAAAAUCGCGCGAAGACGCUGCGGACCAAGAUUGUCGAAGCCAGUUCAGCCCUCGAGCAAGCCGAGAACGAGCUGGAUGCCUUCCGUUCACUGCAGAUCUCUGAGGAGGCGGCCAUCAGAUCGAGACUCGAGAGACUACGAGACGAGGCAACUUUUGUUACAAGAAGGGAACGAGAGGCCCAGGAACUUUAUAGAAGCCGACGGGAGGAGCUGGAGGGGCUUACUGGAGGGACUGGUGUAUCAGCGAACGGAUGGCAUUAAAUCUUUUGUCAUUAUAGUCUGAGAUUGAUUGGACAUGGAGUCUGUAUUAUAAUAGUAUGAUGGCACUUGGUAGGGAGAUGAAAUCAGUAUACGGUAGUACACGUGAUCUCUUGUGGCCUGAGGCUGCCAUAUUCGCGGCCUCCAGGCAACUACUAUGUGUUCCCAACAGUUGCUUUAGUGGACGGCUAACCCCAUAUUCUGUGGGAGACACUAAUGAGUGGAAGCACACUUGAUAGAUAGCUCUGAACACUGAGUGAGAUACAUGGCUUUCUUAUCAUCUAUAUGUGGUUGAAUAGCUUCAAAUUUGAAGUUGGCGUGGUGGUCGAAUUCGGGCGUCAGGUGAACUAGAAGCCAUGUAUUGUCGGUGUCAAAGGUGCCUCUAUGCUGUGCGAGAAUGUAUGCAGGACCUGCAGCAUGGUAUGAACCAAGAAGUCAAAAAAACUGAUCAGAAAAAGGUGUGAAGUCUUUCCCAGUAUACAUCGGGACUUCAGUCUUUCCGGCUGUUGAAAAGGUAUUGGGUCCGUUUGGUCAGGAAGAGAUGGUUUUAGGCAUGCUCAAAUCUACUCAGCGAGCAAAAGGUGCCAAGACCUGAGCAUUAAAAUGGAAAGGGAAGGCCUUCAACGUUGAUAGGAAAAAAGUACAUAUGAAUAUCCAGCCUACUUAGUCCGCAAAGAAUAAUACACUCUCUCGCAUCUUCCUGUCAUGGCACAUCUGUAUCAUGACCAGUAUACUGUCACAGCAACAACUCCGAUUUACGAGGUAAGUUGACGCCUCGUGCUGAACAUAAUGCAUCCAUCUUUCUGACUAUCUUAUACCCAAAGUGUUGAGCGGUGGACGAUUGUCCGUCGGAGGAAGCAUAACUACUCCAAGGCAGGGAAGCAUUUAACCAAUUCUGGCAUCACCUGGAUGGUGUGUGGUUAGGACACACCGCAACAUUGAUUCGCCCGAAUUGAAUUCAUCAAGAAGAGUCACUGUGCCGUAAUAAUUGGCAGCUUGUCGAGGUAUUGUCGACUUGAAUAACAGUGUCAUGACAUCUUUUCAGGCAUGAUAGGAUUGAACUGUGGGUAGUGGCUCCAUCUGCAUGAGGCCUUUUUGUAUGCGUACAUUGCAUGUCUGACUGCGAAUGGCGGUUCCGGCAACGGCGGCGGGUAAGGCAUGCGGUGCCUUGGUCCAGUCCGUUUUGCAGGCAGGUCUAGAAGGGAUGAUUGACCUGGAGCAGUGGAUGCAACGGACUGGGGCGGGACCAGUCCAUGACUGCAUGCCGUGACGCAAGUUUUGGCGUUGAAAUAAUCAAGCAUGUUCGAGACACUGGUUCCGUACUCUGUCUGCUCUGGCCUGAAGACUCGCAGACGAAGCUUAUCCGAGACAUCGGGCCAUCUGCAGCAGGACAAAUCGAGACUGGGGUCGGUUCGGCCGAGCCGCGAAGACCAAGUGGUGACACGUAGUUACCUUGCAAGUGUUAGCUAAAAGAAACGUCAGGAUAAUAAUAGAUGGUGAGAUGCUGAUGCAUUUCUGCAAGUCUGAAGAUGAGCCAAUAUAGGUUGAUGCAUUGCUCACGGUGACAGACACUGAUUGGCUGCUGUCCCGUGACCAGCUGACAUAAGCUCUUUCACCAGCCACGGCUAGUGGGUCCUUUAGGGUCUAGAC